GGGCUGCAAUACAUUAAACGUGUGUUCAAGUCAGACAGCGUUUCAUAACAAUUUAUUUAAUUUGUUUUUGUUUUAAGUAAAUAACUGAACUACAAUCCCCACAACACAUUGCGAUUUUUGGCAGCGUUUCUUGUCGACGUGGGAAGGGAGGGAUUCGGACACAAACAAAUGUCUACGGGUUUGCAGUUGGGGGGGUCGUUAAAAAUGACCGUGACAUGCUAAGCUGAAUAAACACGAAACUGUGGCUCAUUUUUACGAUGUGGCUCAAACCUGAUGAGAUUCUGCUGAAGAACGCAUUCAAAUUAUGGGUCACCGAAAAGGAUAACGAGUAUUUCGUGCUGCAAAGGAGACGAGGGUACGGAGAAGGUGGUGGCGGUUUGACAGGCCUCCUAGUGGGAACUCUGGAUACGGUGUUGGACUCCACAUCCAAAGUUGCUCCUUACCGCAUUCUGCACCACACUCCAGACUCACAAGUGUACUGGUCAGUAGCAUGUGGUGUCACCAGAGAGGAGAUUUUUCAGCACUGGGAGUGGCUGCAGCAGAAUAUCAUGAGAACACUCUCUGUGUUUGACUCCAGUGAAGACAUUACCAGCUUUGUCCAGGGCAAGAUCAGAGGUCUUAUUGCAGAGGAGGGAAAGACCUCACUGGUACUGGAAGAUGAUCCAGAAAAAUUCCGAGAAGCACUUCUGAGGUUUGAAAAGUGGUUUGAAAUUCCCACAGAGGAAAAGUUGGUCACCUAUUACUCAUGCAGCUACUGGAAAGGCAAAGUACCCUGCCAGGGCUGGCUCUACCUCAGCACAAACUUCCUCUGCUUCUACUCUUACUUUCUGGGAGCUGAGGUGAAACUUGUCAUCUCCUGGGACGAGAUCUGGAGGCUGGAGAAAACCUCCAAUGUCAUCCUGACGGAGAGCAUCCAUGUUUUGGCUCAUGGAGAGGAUCACUAUUUCUCCAUGCUGCUGCAUCUUAACGAAACCUUUUCCCUCAUGGAACAACUGGCGGACUAUUCCAUCAAGCGUCUUUUUGAUAAAGAGGCAUUCGAGAGAGAGCCGGCACUCUCAGACCCGCUGCAAAUUACCAAGAGAGGCCUUGAAGCUCACGCAAAAAGUCAGCAGUUCCGGACAUUUUUUCGACUCCCAAAAGAGGAAAACCUGUUGGAGGUUCACGAGGGCUUCCUAUGGGUGCCCUUCAGUCAUUUCAACACUCUUGGAAAAAUCUGCCUGUCUGAGAACUACCUGUGCUUUGCCAGUCAGGAUGGAAGCCAGUGCCAUAUUAUCAUUCCAAUGAGGGAGGUUGUCAAUGUGGAGAAGCCAGACUCUGGCAGCAGGGCUUUAACCGUCUUCGUACGUGGAAAGAAGGCGCUACGUUUCUCAGAGGUGCGGGACUUCCAACGGUUGGCAAACACGAUCCGCAGCAGGUGUGGGAUUAGUGCCAGCCCACAGCACUCUGCGUCACCAGAGGCCAUACGAGGAGAGUGUCAGUCUCUCAUAAAUCACUUUGAGGAUAAUCCGGAGGACGUGACUCUCAUGGUGGGACAGAAAGACAGCAGCAAGGCUGUGAGCACCGAGGCUCUCAUGACAGUUUUCCACCCCCAGGACGUAGAAAACCUCGAUCCUAAAAUGCUUAAAGAGAAGAUGAAGGAACAGUCCUGGGACAUCCAUUUCUCUGAAUAUGGCCGUGGAACCAGCAUGUUCUUCACCAGAAAAACCAGAGAUUUAAUAGUUCGAGGAGUUCCAGAGUCUUUGAGAGGAGAAUUAUGGAUGCUAUUCUCAGGAGCUGUGAACGACAUGGCCACUCACCCCGGAUAUUACACCGAGCUGGUGGAACUGUCUCUGGGUACCAGCACUCUGGCAACAGAUGAGAUCGAAAGAGACCUUCACCGCUCCCUGCCUGAACACCCCGCCUUCCAGAGUGACACGGGAAUCUCUGCUCUGCGCAGAGUCCUCACUGCCUAUGCCUAUAGGAACCCCAAAAUAGGAUACUGUCAGGCCAUGAACAUCCUCACUUCAGUCCUGCUUCUGUAUGCUAAAGAAGAGGAAGCUUUCUGGCUGCUGGUAGCAGUCUGCGAGAGGAUGCUACCAGAUUACUUUAACCGCAGAAUCAUCGGUGCUUUGGUUGACCAGGCCGUGUUUGAGGACCUGAUCAGAGAAAACCUCCCUCAGCUGGUGGAGCACAUGACUGACCUCAGUUUUUUCUCAUCCGUGUCGUUGUCCUGGUUUCUCACGCUUUUUAUCAGCGUCUUACCCAUAGAGAGCGCUGUGAAUGUGGUGGACUGCUUUUUCUUUGAUGGCAUCAAAUCUAUCCUGCAGCUCGGUCUGGCUGUGCUGGAUUACAACAUGGACGCUCUGAUCAGCUGCAGUGACGACGCGGAGGCCGUCACCAUACUGAACAAGUUCUUUGAUAGUGUGACAAACAGGGACAGCCCGCUGCCACCAACAGUGCAGCAAGCUUUAGUGAGCAAUAACGGCAAAGCAUCUCACGUGGGUGUGGAUAUCAGUGAGCUGAUUCGAGAGGCCUACGAGAAAUAUGGAAGCAUUCGCUCAGAGGAAGUCGAGAGUUCACGGAAAAGAAACAAGCUGUAUGUGAUCCAGACACUGGAGGACACAACCAAACAAAAUGUGAUCCGAGUGGUGUCCCAGGAUGUCAGAUUCAACAUCACACAGCUUGAUGAGCUUUAUAAUCUAUUUAAAAGGCAGCAUUUCCUCAGCUGCUACUGGACCAUGAAAAGCCCGGCUCUGCUGCACCAUGACCCCAGCCUGGCCUAUUUGGAGCAGUACCAAUUGGGUUUCCAGCAGUUUAGUGAACUCUUCUCUCUGCUGGAGCCCUGGGCUUUUUGCACCUACAAGAGCAACCUCUCCCUCUGGGUGUUUCGCCUCAUAGAUGAGAACCAGGACGGUCUCAUCAACUUUAAAGAGUUCUGCUGUGCUCUUGACACUUUAUACUCCAGCUCGUUCACAAACAAGCUGAAGUUUCUCUUUAAGCUGCACCUUCCCCCAGCCUUCACAGGCAGCCCUUUGCACUCAGAGAAGCAAAGAAUCCUGCACUAUGUUCCAGUGCCUGAAGACUCUUCUCACUUGACUAGACUUUCUGCCUUUGACCUCCCCGAAGAUGGUGUGAUUAAGAAAAGCCCAGAGAGAGGCAGGGGGAGGAUUGACCUGCAGGCCUAUCUGAAGCAGUGGCAGAAUGAAAUUCUUAAAAAGGAGGAAACUAUUAAGGACCUCCCCAGGAUUAACCAGACUCAGUUCAUCCAGUUCUCCAAGACCUUGUACAACAUUUUUCAUGGGGCUCCAGAGGAGGAGUCUCUGUAUCGAGCUGUUGCUCACGUGACCAGCCUCCUCCUGAGGAUGGAGGAGGUGGGACGGAGGCUGCAGGAGCCAAGCAGCCCAUCUGAGUCUGAAAAGGCCGCCGGCACAUCUCCGGCAGAGGACUCGUCCACUGAGCAGGGGCCCGUCACCCCGGAAAGCUGCGACACCUCCAGCUCCCACAACAGCCAGGACGCGGGGUCCGAGCUGUCAGACACAGAGUGGUCCUUCUCCUUCGAGCAGGUUCUAGCGUCUCUGCUCAACGAGCCGACUAUAGUCGACUUCUUCGACAGGCCUCUCAACAUUCAGACCAAACUGGGACUAGCUCGGGUCGCCCAGCUCAAGCUGAAGGCAAAUAAGGGAAAAGAUUCAAAAGGGAACUGAAACUUGAAGCUGUCACUUACAGGUUACCACGAGUUUUCACCUUUCUGUUUGAUCGGGGAAGGGGACUUAAAUGCAGCUGAGAGUUUAGUUUCAGAGUAUAGGAAAAGGGAUUGGAAUAUUGGAAUAAGGAAAUUAGCAGAAAUGGCUGCUAAAACAUGUAAAAAACACAGUGUGAUAAUCCACCUUCUAAAUGUUGUUCCAUCUUCAGCCUUGAUGCAAACAUGUCCGUAGGCUAAGGUCCUUCCCACAUCUGAUUAUGCAUUUUUAACUGUGGUCUGAUGUAGCCGCUCAUUGUCCAAACUUCAACGCUGAGCCUUUUUGUAUCAUCUGCGUCCAGAAGAACAGAGGGAAAUCACAUUUCUAAGGCAGACGAAUGUCUUCUGUUCUCAAUCACGUUAGCCGUCGCUGCUUCAAAGUAAAAACAGAUGUUUAUUGCUGGUAGGUCCUUCGUCUUUACAUGUUUAUAGAAGAAUAUAUAUUGUGAGAAAUGCCAGCUUAGUUAGGACUAUACUGUAGUGUAGUGAGCUGAAUUUUAGUGUUCUGGAAGCCACAAAGGAAUGGGAUUUUCAGAAUAAAAUGAUUUAUUUGGAGAAAGGAAACACGGAACUGCUGUUCUAUGCAUUUCUCUUAACUGAAGAAAGCAGGACUAUGGUGUUGCAGCAUGAGGUUGCUGCUGUAUGUCAAUAGGUCUUUGUGUAAAUCAGUUCCACAUUGCUGCUACCGCGUCUUUACAGUGGGACUGCUCACAUACGGAAGUCUGUAGGAUUCACGCUUUGGUUUGUGCAGCAUUAUAAACAAAGGUCAGUCCAGUAUGCAUUAUAAAUGUAUUUAUGAAUAUCGCAAAAAUGACAAAAGCUUGUUGAGGGAUAUUUAGUUAAUCAAAUCUCAGGGUGAAAUUUGUCAAAAGGCAAAGUGGGAAAUAUAAAUAUAUGAUAAUUUAGCUAGUAUGUAAGAGUCAAAUAUAUGGAGCGUGUUUAGCACAGUUGCAGGGUUUACCAGCCUUUUGGUACACUACUGUUACGUGCCACAGAAGGCCAGAUUUUACACUACUUCUUUUUGCCCUCUGUUUUUCCUCGUGCUUCUGUUUGGGUGAUUUUUUGAGACUUGCAGACUGAAGACGAGCCUGUUCCUCAGCGGCACGGGACUCCUGAAGGUUAUGACCGCUUCAACUGCAGCUCGUCAUCUCUAGGGGCCAAAUUCUUGAAUACAUAAAGCUUUACAGAAUAUCUGCUCCUCAUGGGGAUGAAGUCAUUUAGAUGUUUCUUAAGCAUAUCUUAAAUUUUGCAUUUAUUUCUUUACUUUUUUUAAGCUUUAAAAAUACAGAGUUGGUUAAAGUUUUCUGGGGAAAUUAUUUUAUUUCUGAAAUGCAUCCUUAAAAGAAAGCUAUAUUCCGAAAAGUACACAAAAAUCUGUCACUAUUUAUGUAUUAAAUGUUAAAGAUUAAACUAAAAUAAAUAGUUAACAACACACUAAAAGUCAUAAAUCUCAAAUGCUGGUUGAAUGAUGGUUGCUACCAUUUAAAGUUCCCUUAAAAAAAUCCUAACUAAGCAUGAUUUGAUUUAUUCCAUCAUGUUUUUUGUCAUUUUUAACAUCUCCAAACUUCCAGAUGUUUCAUAAAAAUGCAAUUAAAAUAAUCAUUUCCAGGAGAAUGUGCUUGGUUUAUGAUUUAUUGCAUGUUUAUUAAGUUGCUGUAUAUUUAACUACAAAAUAAAGCUUUUCAGCUCAAGAUUUAAGAAUUAAUAAUUUUGUCUUUUUGAUGGCAAAUACAUUUGAUGCAAAUGAAUUUUGUUUGGAAUGAAAACUUUUUUGUUUUGAAUCAGAAUGUGAAACGACCAAAACCUGCAGCCAUUACAAUCUUCACUGUUUCUUUUGUAAAGUGCAAUGUGAUGUUUUGCUUUUCUUGCUUUAAACUGGUUGCUUUCUUUUCUGUAUGAAUGCUCCAGACUAAAUAAAGAAAACCGGAGGAAUGAUG